AUGAACAAUAUCCGCCAAAUACAAGCGCUCAACAAGCGCGAGCUCGAAAACGCAGUACCCCCCGCAGCAUCCUGGCACGCCGACUACCGCGACACCGCCUACAUUUAUAUCGGUGGCCUGCCCUUCGAUCUCUCCGAAGGAGACGUGGUGACCAUCUGUUCGCAAUUCGGAGAACCAGUGCACGUGAACCUCGUCCGCGACAAAGAAACAGGGAAGAGUCGAGGUUUUGCAUUCCUGAAAUAUGAAGACCAGCGCAGUACAGACCUUGCUGUUGAUAACCUAGGCGGAGCGACGGUUCUGGGACGGGUAAUCCGCGUGGACCAUGUGCGGUACAAGCGACGCGAUGAUGAGGAAGAAGGGGAUAAUGUUGCAAGGCUGAUGGGUGAUGAAGUUCCUAGUGAUGCGGGAGAUCGGAAGAAGAGGAGGGGAAGUGAAGAAGAGGAAUCUCGGAGACGACCACUGCUCAAGGAAGAGAAGGAGUUGGCUGCGUUGAUUCAGAAUCAUGAUGACGAGGAUCCAAUGAAGGAAUUUCUGAUUGAAGAGAAGAAGGAGGAGGUCACACAGGCGCUGGAGAGAAUGGGAACCAGUGAAAAGAAGUCCUCCCGGCGACGAGAUGAUAGCAGGAAACGAUCGAGUCGGCAUCAGCGUCAUCACCGCCGCAGGCGUGACGAGGAUCGAGUGCGCUCUCGCUCGCGCUCAAAGGACAGGAGGCGUCGCGCUGAACGUUCUCGAUCUGGAGAAAGGAGGUCUUAUAGGGACAAGAGGGAUAGAUCUGACAGAGAUCAGUCACCUAGGAGGUCACGGUCGCCUGGAUCACGACAACACCGGGAUAGACACGACCGUCGCCAUUGA